AUGAGUGGAACCUUAGACAUGGCUCUCGACGAAUAUGCUAACACAAGUAAGAAGGGUAAAAAAAGAAAUCCUAGGCAACCUCGGAGAGGACGCGUUCCGACGACCGCUAAGAAUGUUCGUUCUAGGAAUGCUCCUUACGAACGACAGCGUUCAAGAGGCAAUGUCGAAGGACAAUGGUCCCAUGAUCUAUAUGAAGAUGCACGUCCUAAUAACGGUCAACGGAAUAAUGUUGCAAGCAUCCAACGAAACUCCUCAAAUGUAUCCAACAGUAACUCAAAACUCGUGGUCGAAAAUUUGUUCUAUGAAGUCACUCAAGAUGAACUUCAGAAUCUGUUUUCCGAGUGUGGCCCCGUGAAAAAAGUCUAUCUGCAUUACGAUCGCGCUGGACGAAGCACUGGUGUUGCGGAUGUCACCUUUGAAGAUCCUGCUGAUGCCGAAACGGCUCUGAGAAGGCACAAUGGGAAAGUUCUUGGAGGACAACAAAUGAGGAUCAAACUUGCACCAACCAAACAAACUCAAAAGGGUUCAUCGUCUGGUGCAGAAGGUGCUUCUAUUCUGGAUCGCCUAGGUGGCGUACGUGGUGGAUUAGUUAAGCAAUUAUCCCGCGGCAAUAUCCGCUCAAGACUCGGCCGAAGCUCAACCAAUAAUGGUGGGUCAGCGUCUCGGGGACGUGACGGUAAUGUUUCCGACAAUCGACGGAAAUCCUCUAAUCGAAAGCCUGUUACCUACGACGAUCUGGACGCCGACUUAGAUGCUUAUAUGGCAAUUGAUGAU